UCGACCCCACUACUCUUCUCUUUUAGCCGCGUGUAGGGGUUUCACACAGGGGCCUCAGGACUUGGUCUUGUCUGUUCUGGGUGGCGGGGAUCAUAGGUCCUUUCCGAUUUAAUUUUAUGAAGUAACUAGUCAAGUUGUUUUAAAAAUUCAUUGGAGUUUAAUACAUCUCCCUACUUAAGCAUUGAAUCAUGAAGUGGAACCUGGUGUUCCUCGGGUUCCUUCUGACCUUCGGGCAACUGUCAUGGGGCCAGAAAGGUAUGGACUUCCCUGAGUACGAUGGAAAGGACCGCGUUCACGACCUUAACUCCAAGAAUUACAAGUCUGUGAUGAAGAAAUAUGACGUGAUGGUGGUGUACUACCAUGAGCACGUUGGAUCCAGCAAAGCAGCCCAGAAACAGUUUCAGAUUGAGGAGCUUGCCCUUGAGCUUGCUGCUCAAGUCCUGGAGGACCUGGACGAUGAGGACAUUGGCAUCGGCCUUCUCGAUGAGAAGAAAGACAGUGCUGUUGCAAAGAAACUUGAUCUUGAAGAGGCUGACAGUAUCUAUAUCUUCUUUGAGGAUGAGGUCAUUGAGUAUGAUGGAGAGCUUGCUGCAGACACACUGGUGGAGUUCAUCUAUGAUGUCAUUGAUGAUCCGGUGGAGAUUUUAGAUAAUAUGCGUGAGUUGAGAGGUUUCUUUAAUAUUGAGGAAGACAUCAAGCUGGUGGGCUUCUUCAAGAGUGAGAAUUCUGAGCACUUUCAUGCAUUUGAUGAUGCAGCAGAGGAGUUUCAUCCACACAUCAAGUUCUUUGCCACCUUUAGUCCAAAGAUCGCUAAAGCUCUAGACUUGAAGUUGAAUGAGGUGGACUUCUACGAGCCCUUUAUGGAUGAUCCCAUUGUCAUUCCUGGUAAACCCUACAGUGAGGAAGAAAUUGUUGAUUUCAUUGAGGAGAAUGACAGGCCAACACUGAGGAAAAUGCAGCCACACAACAUGUACGAGAUCUGGGAGGAUGCUAUUGAUGGCGAACACAUAAUUGCUUUCGCAGAGGAGAGUGACCCAGAUGGCUUUGAAUUCCUUGAUAUUCUGAAGGAGGUGGCAGAAGAUAAUACAGAGAAUCCUGAGCUGAGCAUCGUCUGGAUAGACCCUGAUGACUUCCCCCUGCUUGUACCCUAUUGGGAGAAGACCUUCGACAUCGAUCUGUCCUCACCUCAGAUUGGCGUGGUGGAGGUUGAUAAUGCUGAGAGUAUCUGGCUGGAGAUGGAUGAUGACGAUGACAUGCCCUCUGCAAAAGAGCUUGAGGACUGGCUGGAGGAUGUGCUAGAUGACAAAAUCGACCCUGAUGACGACGAUGAUGAUGAUGAUGAUGAUGACGAUGAUGAUGAUGACGACGAUGAUGAUGAUGACGAUGAUGAUGAUGACGACGACGACGACGAUGAUGACGACGACGAUGAUGAUGAUGACGACGACGAUGAUGACGACGACGACGAUGAUGAUGAUGACGACGAUGACGACGACGACGAUGAUGACGAUGACGAUGAUGACGACGACGAUGAUGAUGAUGACGAUGAUGAUGAUGACGACGAUGAUUAAGCUCUUAUCUUUAUACAUGUUACUAUGUAUUGUCCAAACUGAGUCUAAAGUUUUUGCAUUUGCACUGUUCGAAUCAUCAUCAUCUAAAUUCCUUAAAAAUGCCAUUUUCAUUGAAACGUCACCUUGUUACACACAUCUCUAUUGACUAGCAUUGUGCUCCCACAUGGCAUCAUUUUUUCUCCCAUUGACUUCACAUUUUAUCCAAAGGCCACAUCCUAUUAAACAACUUUAGGUAUUCAAAUAAUAUCUAUAAAAGCCUAAAUCAGUAGUAACAGGUGUGUAAUGCUUUCCCUUAAUUUCCAUCCAUUUCAUUGUCUUUUUUAUGAACAUACUGUAAUUGGCAAGUAAAUACAGGAUGAAUACAACUGGAAGAAGGCCUCGCUUUCACGCAUGUACAACCAAAACAUGUCAGAUUAUCUGGGGGAGCAGCAACAUUAUUUUAAGUGUAAAUCCAUCUGUUAAAUUUGUUGUUACUGUCUCAUUGUUUAUUUGUACUAAUAUGUGGAUGGAUUGUUUGUCCCACUGUGAUAGGUCCUAAAGGUGCUAAGCAGGCUUUUCCUCCAGGUCAUUAGUCAAAGCUUCCUUUGUUAAGACAGGAUGUGACUAUUUGACAUUGGACAGAAAAGGAUUGUCCAGCCUUCCUUUUGUGUCUGAAAAGUGCAGUAAAUCACAAACGUUUUCUACUGAAAAACAUUGAUAUUUUAUUUUUUUUAAUGAAGACAACUUGGUUUUAAUCUUAAGUCUUUAAAUAAAAAAGAAUUGGAAUUA